UAAUUUCUAGAAUUUGUAUUAGUUAGAACUUUGAGACUAGAUCUACUUUUCUUACAUAAUUAGCAAUUGAAAACUCUAUAAUUAUCUAAAUAUUUAGAAUUAUCUAAUAUUUUUUAACUCUCUCAUUUUUUUGGUUACGAAACGACUCAAUUUGUAUUUCCAGUAUACAUGCGCGACAUGUAUAUCUACAGUAUAUCAAUAUUUUCAGCUUUUUGCACAGCACUUUUUAGGUUAUGCGCAGUUAUGCGUUAUUCGUCGUAUCUAAUAUUCUACGAAUAUUUCGAGAAAUUUGCAAGCAUGAUCUUAUGAAUAAUCAAUAUAACGAAUUAACAAACUAAAUGUACCGUCUCCUGUGUUACAUAACAAUUAUAUUCUUGUGCAAAUAUCAGAUCGAUUGUUAAGACUCAAUAGUCCGGAAUGAUGACGCUACGUUUAUUUGACAGCCAGGAUUAUUCGGCCCUGGAUACUAUGUCAAAUGUGUGCACAGAAAACAACGAAAUUGAAAGCUAUGAUUAUUUGAGAGAUUGCAUUGGGACACUCGAGAAUAAAAACUCUGAGGUCACUCUAGCAACUACUCCAAAUACACAAGACAUUGGUUUACAAGGAGAUGGCUUGGACGACAUUAAUUUGAAUAACAUUGAUUUCAAUUUUAUGAAAAUCGACAGUUUACUGCUACAUAAUGAGGAGUCCACAAAUUGCACAAAGAGCAAUGAGGAAAAAACAAAAGAGGACAGAUCAAUGGAUGUUAGUGUUUCACAUUCGAUUCGAUAUUUCAAUACUAUGAGUUUUCCAAAUUUUGUAAAUGAUUCAAGCAAAGAAUCGGAUAGUGUAACAUCUAUUAAUAACAAUGAAUUCUAUGCAUUUGACAAAGAUCAAUGUCUAGAAAAUAAAAUAGAGAGUUACAAUUGUCCUGUCAAACUUAACACAGAAAAUAAUACAGAUACAACUUUUCACAUAAAUCAAAGCAAUAAUUGUAUAAAUCAAAACGUUACAUCAGAGUUAAAAUAUGAAAUAAAAAUUGAUAAUUUAGAGUUAUCAAAUGGAAAUGAACAGAUUCAAAGGUGUGGACAAUGCUUAAUGACAUUCCGAUACAAAAGACACUUGGAUCGUCAUUUGGAGGGUCACCUGAAAAAUAAUUGUCCUCACUGUAAUGAAAAAUUCGCCAGACGAAAGCAUCUGGAGAUCCAUCUAUUUCGCGCACAUGGAGAACGCGCGGUCAGACAUUCUCAUUUAUGUGACAUGUGUCCAAAAAGUUUCCCUAAACGCGCCCUACUAAACCGUCAUAGAGCAAAACAUAGCUAUCAGAAUGGCAAGGUGUGCUCGGAAUGUGGAGAUAUGAUAAAUAUAGAUAUGGAUGAAAAAGAGCACAAAGAGAAACACUGCAAGAAAAGACAGUUCAAGUGCCAGCAAUGUUUGCAAACGUUCAGUACUGAGCAAACAUAUUUGUCCCAUAUUCAGAAUCAUGAUAAUUAUAAGUGUGCACACUGCGAUAUUACUUUUGCGUCGAAGAAAAAGGCGCAUGAACAUUUUAGGGCAGUUCACGUUUCAAAAUUAAGCGAACAAGAAUCGACAAAUGGUCCAUAUUUUUGUGCCGCUUGUAGACAUACGUUCAUAAAAAAAGAUGACUAUUUUCGACAUUUGGAGUCCGCGUUGCAUCUUAAUAAAGUCAAUAGAGAAAUAUCUAUACAGGCAAUAUUUUCUUGUGCAAUUUGUUCGAAAAAGUUAAUCACGCAAAGAGCUCUAGAUCAACAUAUCAGACGCAUUCACAAAGGCGCAAAGCGAUUUGCCUGUAAUAUGUAUGGUUGUACGUUUCAGUGUGCCAGAAGGACAGAUUUAGAUAGGCACAAACAAUUGCAUGUAGAAGAGCGAAAUGUCGUGUGUGAACAUUGUGGUAAAACGUUCACCAGUGUCAGCAUCUUGAAGGAUCAUGUACUUUACAUUCACAGUAAAGAGCGGCAAUUCAUUUGCGAGAAAUGUGGCAAGGCAUUUAAGAGAAAUAGUUUAUUGAAAAGACAUAAGUUAUCGCACGAACAACAUAGGCCAUUUGCUUGUACGCAAUGUAGCACCGCGUUCAAGCGUUCGCAUCAUCUCACUCGUCACAUGGAAACUUGUCAUAGAAUUACAUUGGAAAAAAAGAAAAAGGUAGUAAAGCUCAUGAAAACAAAGGAUGGAAAUCUUGUGCCAGUGCCAGAUAAAUCAAAUAGAUUGGAAACUAAUAAACAAAAAACUGGAAGAAGACGCGAAUUAAUUCCAAAGAAUAAAGAGAGAGAUUAUUCAAUUACAAAUGAAGAUAAACAGACUAUAAAUGACAAUUCGCAACUACAAAUACAACAAUUGUUAAAUCCUUCAGAGGAAGCCUCUGAAUGUCCAAACUUGUCAUUGGAACUUACAAAUUUAUCUAUUGUCGAUUCUAUUCCACAAGUUCUUUCAUUAGUAGACGUAAACACGGGACAAGUGCUCACUGUAGAAAUCGCUAACAACUCGGAAUUGUUACCUGCUGCUAAUGAACUCAUUGAUCAAUUUGGAACAAAUUGUAAUGAAAUUUUAAAUUUACCAGAUUAUCAGGAUAUAGAAUUCCAAAGUAGUCCUUUGAAUAUUGAUCAAAUAUAUUAUAACAAUACAAAUUAUUCAGAAAUAUCGUUGGAAAAUAUUGAAAGCUCAUUUCCACUUGUAAGUAAUAAUAGUAAAAUGGAAACGAUAGAAAGCUAUUUAACUCAUGAAUUUCCAACAUUCCUUAAUAUUUGAAAA